AUGAAGCGCCGCUCGCCGGAGUUGUUUUCGCGAGGACCGCUCGCGGGGCCGGGAGCGCCCAAGGGCUGAACUUCCCUCCCGGGCCGCGGUCGGGAGGCGCGCGGCGCGGAGGCCGCCGGCGGGCGACGGAGCCGGGACCCCCGGGAGCACCAGGGACCCCUCACCCGGCCGGGAGAGGCCCCGAGAGCCCGGCAACAUGGCUUCCCCGCCCCACCAGCAGCUGCUGCACCACCACAGCACCGAGGUGAGCUGCGACUCGAGCGGAGACAGCAACAGCGUGAGGGUCAAGAUCAACCCCAAGCAGCUGUCCUCCAACGUCCACCCCAAGCACUGCAAGUACAGCAUCUCCUCCAGCUGCAGCAGCUCCGGGGACUCCGGGGGGCUUCCCCGGCGCACGGGCGCCGGCGGCGGCCGCCUGCGCAGGCAGAAGAAGCUGCCCCAGCUGUUCGAGAGGGCUUCCAGCCGGUGGUGGGACCCCAAAUUCGACUCAGUGAACCUGGAGGAGGCCUGCCUGGAGCGCUGCUUCCCGCAGACCCAGCGCCGCUUCCGGUACGCGCUCUUCUACGUGGGCUUCGCCUGCCUCCUCUGGAGCGCCUAUUUUGCGGUCCACAUGCGGUCUAAACUGAUGGUCAUGGUGGUCCCCGCGCUGUGCUUCCUGGUGGUGUGCGUGGGCUUUUUUAUGUUUACCUUCACCAAGCUGUACGCCCGGCACUACGCGUGGACCUCUCUGGCUCUCACCCUGCUGGUGUGCGCCCUCACCCUGGCUGCGCAGUUUCAGGAUCUGACGCCUCUCUCCGGACGUGUUGACAGCUCCAAUCAUACCCCCGCAGCCAAGCCCGCGGACACCUGCUUAUCUCAAGUGGGGAGCUUCUCCAUGUGCAUCGAAGUGCUUUUUCUGCUCUACACCGUCAUGCACUUACCUUUGUACUUGAGCUUGUUUUUGGGGGUGGUCUACUCCGUCCUUUUUGAGACCUUUGGCUACCAUUUCCGGGAUGAAAACUGCUUCCCUUCGACGGGAGCCGGAGCCCUGCACUGGGAGCUGCUGAGCAGGGCCCUGCUCCAUGUCUGCAUUCACGCCAUUGGGAUCCACCUCUUCGUCAUGUCUCAGGUGAGGUCCAGAAGCACCUUCCUCAAGGUGGGACAGUCCAUCAUGCACGGAAAAGAUCUGGAAGUAGAAAAAGCCCUCAAAGAGAGGAUGAUUCACUCUGUGAUGCCUAGGAUCAUAGCUGAUGACUUAAUGAGACAGGGGGAUGAGGAGAGUGAGAAUUCUGUCAAGAGGCAUGCCGCUUCCAGCCCCAAGAACAGGAAGAAAAAAUCCUCCAUACAGAAAGCUCCUAUAGCAUUCCGGCCCUUUAAGAUGCAGCAGAUCGAAGAAGUCAGUAUUUUAUUUGCAGAUAUUGUGGGAUUCACCAAGAUGAGUGCCAACAAGUCUGCUCACGCCCUGGUGGGUCUUCUCAAUGAUCUAUUUGGUCGCUUUGACCGGCUGUGUGAGGAAACCAAAUGUGAGAAGAUCAGCACCCUGGGAGACUGUUACUACUGUGUGGCGGGGUGUCCCGAGCCCCGGGUGGACCAUGCCUACUGCUGCAUUGAAAUGGGCUUAGGCAUGAUCAAAGCCAUCGAGCAGUUCUGCCAGGAGAAGAAAGAAAUGGUGAACAUGCGUGUCGGGGUUCACACGGGGACGGUCCUGUGUGGCAUCUUGGGCAUGAGGAGGUUUAAAUUUGAUGUGUGGUCCAACGAUGUGAACUUGGCUAAUCUCAUGGAGCAGCUGGGGGUGGCUGGCAAAGUCCACAUAUCUGAGGCCACUGCAAAAUACUUAGAUGACCGGUACGAAAUGGAAGACGGGAAAGUGAUUGAGCGCCUUGGCCAGAGCGUGGUUGCUGACCAAUUGAAAGGUUUGAAGACAUACCUGAUAUCGGGUCAGAGAGCCAAGGAGUCUCACUGCAGCUGUGCAGAGGCCUUGCUUUCUGGCCUCGAGGCCAUUGACGGCUCACAGGUGUCCUCGGGCCCUAGGGGACAGGGGACAGCGUCGCCAGGGAGUGUCAGUGACUUGGCACAGACUGUCAAAACCUUUGAUAACCUUAAGACUUGCCCUUCAUGUGGAAUCACAUUUGCUCCCAAAACUGAAGCUGGUGCAGAAGGAGGAGCUGUACAAAAUGGCUGUCAAGACGAGCCCAAGGCCAGCACCAAGGUAACAAGCUCAUGGCUGUUGUUCCUGUCAGUUCCUCUCCUGGCGCAUCCACCUAAGGUCUCAGGAGGGCCCAGCUCCAAAACCCAGAAUGGACUUCUGAGCCCCCCUCAAGAGGAGAAGCUUACCAACAGUCAAACCUCCUUGUGCGAGAUCCUUCAGGAAAAGGGGCGGUGGGCAGGUGUGAGCUUGGACCAGUCAGCCCUCCUCCCACUGAGGUUCAAGAACAUCCGUGAGAAAACCGAUGCCCAUUUUGUGGAUGUCAUCAAAGAAGACAGCCUGAUGAAAGAUUAUUUCUUCAAGCCACCUAUCAAUCAGUUCAGCCUGAACUUCCUGGAUCAGGAGCUGGAACGAUCCUACAGGACCAGCUACCAGGAAGAGGUCAUAAAGAAUUCUCCUGUGAAGACAUUCGCCAGUGCCACCUUCAGCUCCCUCCUGGAUGUGUUUCUGUCCACAACAGUGUUCCUGAUUCUCUCCAUCACCUGCUUCCUGAAGUAUGGGGCCACUGCCACGCCUCCCCCACCAGCUGCCCUUGCUGUCUUUGGAGCAGACCUGCUGCUGGAGGUGCUGUCCCUGGUCGUAUCCAUCAGAAUGGUGUUCUUCCUGGAGGACGUCAUGGCGUGCACGAAGCGGCUCCUGGAAUGGAUCGCGGGGUGGCUCCCUCGUCACUGCAUCGGGGCCAUCCUAGUGUCGCUGCCUGCGCUCGCCGUCUACUCCCACAUCACCUCUGAGUUUGAGACAAACAUCCAUUUUACCAUGUUCACCGGCUCCGCCGUGCUGGUGGCUGUCGUGCACUACUGCAACUUCUGCCAGCUCAGCUCCUGGAUGAGGUCCUCCCUUGCCACCGUCGUGGGGGCCGGGCCGCUGCUGCUGCUCUACAUCUCCCUGUGCCAGGACAGUUCCAUAGCAACUUUGCCCCUGGAUGCAGCACAGAACUUCAGUGCCGAGAGGAGCCCGUGCAACAGCUCACUGCUGCAGGACAGCAGGAGGCCGGCCAGCCUCGUAGGCAAGGAGCUCAUCCUAGCCUUCUUCCUCCUGCUGCUGCUGGUCUGGUUCCUGAACCGAGAGUUUGAAGUCAGCUACCGGCUGCACUACCACGGGGACGUGGAAGCAGACCUUCACCGCACCAAGAUCCAGAGCAUGAGGGACCAGGCCGACUGGCUACUCAGGAACAUCAUCCCCUACCACGUGGCCGAGCAGCUGAAGGUCUCCCAGACCUACUCCAAGAACCACGACAGUGGCGGCGUGAUCUUCGCCAGCAUCGUCAACUUCAGCGAGUUCUACGAGGAGAACUACGAAGGGGGCAAGGAGUGCUACCGCGUCCUCAAUGAGCUGAUUGGUGACUUCGACGAGCUCCUGAGCAAGCCAGACUACAACAGCAUUGAGAAAAUCAAGACCAUUGGGGCCACGUACAUGGCAGCCUCGGGGCUGAACACGGCCCAGUGCCAGGAAGGUGGCCACCCCCAAGAGCACCUGCGGAUCCUGUUCGAGUUCGCCAGGGAGAUGAUGCGUGUGGUGGACGACUUCAACAACAACAUGCUGUGGUUUAACUUCAAGCUCAGGGUGGGCUUUAACCAUGGCCCCCUCACGGCUGGCGUCAUUGGCACCACCAAGCUGCUGUAUGACAUCUGGGGGGACACGGUCAACAUUGCCAGCAGGAUGGACACGACCGGCGUGGAAUGCCGCAUCCAGGUGAGUGAAGAGAGCUACCGCGUGCUGAGCAAGAUGGGCUAUGACUUCGACUACCGCGGGACCGUGAACGUCAAGGGGAAGGGGCAGAUGAAGACCUACCUCUACCCAAAGUGCAUGGACAAUGGAAUAGUGCCACAGCACCAGCUGUCCAUCUCCCCGGACAUCCGCGUCCAGGUGGACGGCAGCAUCGGACGGUCCCCCACCGAUGAGAUCGCCAAUCUGGUGCCUUCUGUCCAGUAUUCGGACAAGAUGUCCCUGGGCUCCGAUGACAACACGCAGGCCAAGGACAUGCAUCUGUCUUCAAAAAGACUGUGGAAGGAGCCCAUCAAAGCCGAAGAAAGGUGUCGAUCUGGCAAAGCCAUAGAGAAGGAAGACUGUGAAGACACAGAAAUGGAAGAAGCCAAUGAGCUCACCAAGCUCAACGUCUCAAAGAGUGUGUGAGGCAGCCCUGCGGCUGCUCGGUGCUCUGUUCAUUGAAACACAAUAAUAUUUGUAUCUGGCUGUCGUGCUUUCCAGGCGCCCCAGUUUCUGUCCCUGGUUGUGGUGUUAUGUGGUCAUUUCAGCCCUAACUUCUGUGUGGAUCACAGUUAUUCAGGGUUCCUUUCCAUCCAUUUCUCCUUUCCUUUGCUCUCUUCCCUGGAAUUCUGCCCCCAUUGGGGGAUCCGUUUAGCCGCGUGGAGAACAAGUGCCUUCAGGGGUCGGCCUUGGCCUCGUCCAGGACGGAGGCUGCCGGUAGAUCAUGGCUCUGGGUAUUCUUUGAUGUCUUAAAAGAUAGAGAGAGAGAGAGACGCUGUGGUUAGGAUUUCAUUGUUACUGCCUUUCCUCACAGACCCCUUUUAUUAUUUUAUUUUAUUUUUGUGCUCAUAAAGUGCUUCUGAGUUUGUUUUCCUCUUUAUGUUUCCCACUCACCUGGCCUUUCUAAGCACACACGCACACGCACACACAUACACUUGCAUUUAUGAAUCUGACAUAAAGUGCCAGUAAUACACCAGGAGGGGAUUGGAGAGCAGAGCAGAGCCCCUCCCCGCUGGCGCGGGCACCUGCCCCCCCCCCCCCCCCGCACCCCGCACCCUGCGGGUUCAGGCAUUCACCCGCAUACUAGCCAAGAUUUCAAAUGCUCGCCGGGCACAGAGCUUGUAAACCCAGGCCUCAGGUAUCUCAAAGCCGUUUUGGUUUUUCUCAUCCUGACCCUCUGUGGAGGGCUCUUCCAGUCAGGAGUGAAGGUGUUCUUGUUUUUUGUUUUUGUGUUUGUGUUUUGGAAGCUGAUUCGUCUGAGGAAGAAACUCAAAAUAAACGUCUGAGGGUUGCAUUUAUUUAUUUAUUUAUUUAUCCGUAUGUGUAUGUUUUGCAGAGGGGGUGCCAGGUCGUGUCGGUGAGUGGAAAUAGGCUGGUUUGGGGGGACGGGGGCAGGGGUUAGGGAAAGAUGGUUUGCGAAGGGCAUGGCAGACCAGCGUCUCUUCCUGUUUCAUGUUUUUUGCUCCCCCUUGUGGGAAACCAGAGCAAAACUGGUCCAGCUUCAAAGCAGGUCCUCAAGGGUUGUCUUGGCUUCUAUGCAUGGCUGACUGGCGGCAGAAUUUAAUCUCGUGAGCUGCACAGAGAGGUAGAGCAUUGUCUAAAGUGGGCCUCCAGCCAGUGGGAGGUGGAGAAAGACCUAAGGAUAAGGUCUGUGUUCUUCAUUGCCAAUCCUGCUGGUGAUUGUGGUUUUCCAUGUUGAGUCUGAAGCCUCUGUUGAAUGGAACUCGGUCUGCAGUUGUCCUGUUGUAGUUAUUUUUUAGGUGAUUCAGACAGCUCCGCCCUUGACAUGACCAAGGUCUAGCCCUGCAGCUGUUGGAGGUCUUCACCCCCUCCGUGUGCUCUUUCGCUGGUAAACCUCACUGUGUGAUUUCCACAUCUGUGUAAGUCCCCUCAACACUCUUCCCCAAAGACAGACAGGACCUUCUAUGCGCAGCAUGAUGCCAUCUCCGUUCUGGCCAGCCACCUCCCUGGGGGAGGUGUGGGGUGCCAUCAGCCACGUGGCCAUCUGGGACCCAGAGUUUUCUCAUUGACUUAAGAUUUUUCUUCAGGUUUGACUUGUUUGUUGGUCUUCCAACUCUGAAGAAAGGAUGGCUGUAACAAUACCUCUUGCUUCUCAAGAAUGUAUUCUUAUAAAACACCACAGAUAUUUUUUUUUGCCCCUUCAAAAACACUACCUGAGCUGGAGGUUUGGCUCCGCACUGAGCACCCAUCUAUAGCAAGCAUGAGGACCAGAGUUCAAACCUCAGUACCACCAAAAGAGAACGAAAAAACACUACCUGAUGCUUUCCUUGUACUCGGGGUUGUGAGCAUGCUGGGUUUCCUCCUGUCAGUAUUAAAGGUGUAUCUCUGAAUAUCUGUCUGUCCUCUGUCCACCUCUGGGCUGUGUAGCUUUGAGGGGCUGGCUGCUGAUGCCAUUAAUAUCUUGCUCAAAAUGGGCUCUUCCAAGUCUAUCUCUGCAUAGGAUUCCCUUUCAGACUGUUUUUCUUCCCCUACUGCAAAGGUGUUUGCGAUUGCCCCUUCCUGCAGGACCCCAGAGCUGUCAGCCAAUGGGAUCCUGUUCAGAAAUGUGCAAAUGGAGCCCCCCAAAAAAGGGCAGCUCACGCAGAGUGUAUAUGGUCUUUCAGAACACCCUGAGCCUCCCUAAAGAACCAGUACAGACGUUCUCUUGUUCCCUUGGGGCUUUCCCAGCUCCCUGCUCCGAAGCAUACCUCAACACAGAACCACAGAAUCUCCAUGGCACACCUGCCGGGCAUCUCAGUCUGCUGACAGUGACAUACAGUGCUUGCUGGAGACAGACGGGCAGUGGGCUCAAGCGUUUGUCUUUGGGAGGGAGGCACCCUGCAGGUGGCAGUACUUCUUAGGAGCCUAGGGCAGGAAGCAAUACUUCAGAAUUGAAUGUGUGUAAAUAGUUGCUUUGCAAUUGCUCUUUUCUCUUGGCCCCAGCUCAGAUCAAAUUUUAUACAUCUGUAAUGAUCAACAAGCACACAUCAAUCGGUUCACCAAACGCCCACAAAUGUAGAGCAUCAGUUCCAAACCCUUAAGUCGCUUGGCGAGUCCCACCGAUUGUGCCACACCUGCGCAUGGCUCCUCCGACGCUGACGUCUCUCAUGGGGACUACACCUGCACAUUUGCACACGACACAGAAAGCCAAAGGCAGUGCGCGGCCAUUACCUGGGCUGUAAUCAAUCGUAGUUUCCAAAGAUAACGUCUGCAUUUGAAUUUCUAGAUUUCUUUCUGAGGUAAGCAUUUUGUUUUGAUUGGUUGUUUUGAAAAUUACAUAAUGCCUACAAUCUGAAAUUAGUAAGAGCCAACUAUUUGCAUUUUCCAUGUUUCUUUUGCUCUGCUCUUUUUAAAUUGUUAAUUCUAAGAAUUUCAAAAUGCAUCCACUGAAGAAAUGGAUAUUAAAAUACUCUAAAACCUAA